CCGGCUCCCGGCGGGCGAGAUGCCGCCGCACGGGGAUCUGGACCGGCAGAUCGCGCAGCUGCGCGAGUGCAAGCACCUGCCGGAGGCGGAGGUCAAGGGGCUCUGCGAGCAGGCCAAGGCCAUCCUCAUGGAGGAGUGGAACGUGCAGCCCGUCAGGUGCCCCGUCACCGUCUGCGGCGACAUCCACGGCCAGUUCUACGACCUCAUCGAGCUCUUCCGCAUCGGCGGCGAGUCGCCAGACACCAACUACCUCUUCAUGGGCGACUACGUAGAUCGUGGCUACUACUCGGUGGAGACUGUUUCACUGUUAGUGGCGUUGAAAGUUCGCUACAGAGACAGAAUUACAAUAUUGAGAGGAAAUCAUGAGAGCAGACAAAUCACUCAAGUAUAUGGCUUCUAUGAUGAGUGCUUAAGAAAAUAUGGAAAUGCAAAUGUAUGGAAACACUUUACAGACUUGUUUGAUUAUUUGCCUCUCACGGCUCUUAUAGAAAACCAGGUAUUCUGCCUGCAUGGCGGUCUCUCUCCAUCAUUGGAUACAUUAGAUAACAUUCGUGCUCUUGAUCGUAUACAGGAGGUUCCUCAUGAAGGCCCUAUGUGUGAUCUGCUGUGGUCUGAUCCAGACGACAGAUGUGGGUGGGGGAUUUCACCAAGAGGAGCAGGUUAUACAUUUGGGCAAGAUAUUGCUCAGCAGUUCAACCAUACGAAUGGCCUCUCUCUCAUAUCAAGGGCCCAUCAACUUGUAAUGGAAGGAUUCAAUUGGUGUCAGGAUAAGAAUGUCGUGACAGUCUUCAGCGCACCAAACUACUGUUACCGAUGUGGUAACAUGGCUGCAAUUCUCGAGAUCGGUGAAAACAUGGAUCAUAACUUCCUCCAGUUUGAUCCCGCGCCUCGGCAAAUCGAGCCCGACACCACACGCAAGACCCCCGACUACUUUUUGUAAAUGUGGUGUUGACAGUUUAACUUACUGGUCUUGGUGCCUCCUCUCCACAGCGUUGGGGGUUGUAGAUUUUCUGUCCUUAGAUACGGGUUCUGUGAGCCUGGGUUGUAUGUCAAUUAAUUCUUUUGUAUGGAGAUUUUGUUUGCUGCUCCUCGAUCUUCACAUGAUGUUGAAAGUUGCAUGCCCUGAGUUCUUUUUCCCAAUGUGC